GGUUACCAGGCUGGAUUGGCGGCGAGCGGAGUCCGAGGUGGCUGAGACUUGCCCACCUGAUUGUUGUGAGAAAUGAGAUCAUCUUUCUAUAGUACCCUAGCAGGUUACUUGGCAUCCAGAAGAUGUUUAGCAAAGGCCUUCUUCGAGAUGGACAGCCGGAUUCCAUAUGAUGACUACCCGGUGGUUUUUCUGCCUGCCUAUGAGAAUCCCCCAGCGUGGAUUCCUCCUCAUGAGAGAGUAUACCACCCAGACUACAACAAUGAGUUGACCCAGUUUCUGCCCCGAAUUGUCACACUGAAGAAGCCUCCUGGAGCUCAGUUGGGAUUUAACAUUCGAGGAGGAAAGGCCUCCCAGCUAGGCAUUUUCAUUUCCAAGGUUAUUCCUGACUCUGAUGCACAUAGAGCAGGACUUCAAGAAGGGGACCAAGUUCUAGCUGUAAAUGAUGUGGAUUUCCAAGAUAUUGAGCAUAGCAAGGCUGUUGAGAUCCUGAAGACAGCCCGUGAAAUCAGCAUGCGUGUCCGCUUCUUUCCUUACAGUAAGUACAACUUUCUUUUGUUCUUACCUGGCAGGGCCCUAGGAACUCUUUAAAUACUGAUGAGUAAAAGCCCUACAAGUUGGGGAUGGGGAAUUGGAAGCUCAAACCUAAAAAUAUUCUAUUCUGUUCCUCUUUUUCUUAUUUUUUCCCUCAGAUUAUCAUCGCCAAAAAGAGAGGACUGUGCACUAGAGAGUUGCAGCCCAUAGCCCUUCAUGAGGAUGCUGCCAGAACUGGCUGGCUAGGCUUCAGGGAAGCCACUUCUUUCAACCUCUCCCUGAUGUCGUGGAGUGGGGAGGAUGGGGAGGCAGCUAGCCAACUGCAUUACCCAAAUUAUACUGUACCUCUAGUUCCCUAGUUUUCUAGGGGAGUUUCAUUCCCUGAAAGAAGAAGGAUGAUGCUGUCUAGGUAUAAACUAGCUUGUGGGGAACCCAGUUGGAAAAGGUAACUGACAUUUAUUGAAUACCAUGUGCUAGUCCUUUACACAUGUCGUAUCACUUUAAUUAUAGAAAUCAGUAGAAAAAAGAAUCUUGGGGAUCUUCCGUCUCAUUUGCCAGGACGUCUCAUCCCAUCCUUGUACUACCAGAGGUUUCAUACACUUUGAGACUCCAUUGAGACCCUGUUUUCACCCCCUUUCUACUUCUAUUCUCUUCCCCCAAAAGUAAAACACAAUUCUGAAGAAAUGUUGGUGUGAAUGAUACUGAU